AUGGAGCAACAAUUGCAAGCUUGGUUGCGCAUUUGUUCAUUCUUCGGCAUCUACGUGAGCGCCACGAAGUGCACGGACAACGACAAUAUCAGGGAUGUACGCGGCCACACCAACUCACGCGCUUACUGGCUGCAACGCGGCUACAAUUGGCUGUUGUUUCUUAUCAUUUGUAUUGUAUUCGGGUGCAGUGUUUGCUGGCAAACGAUUCCGCCGGGCCUUGAACUCAAUUGGAUAGCAGUAACCAUACUCUUCGCAACGCGUUUAAUCACGAACGCGUUCAUUUUAAUGGAAGCGGUGUGGAAGCAGCAACAACAUGAAGACUUCCUCAAAGCGUUGCAGGCGAUUGAGGCGUCAAUGCAGCUGCGGCUUAAAUGGCGCAUUGACAGCGCGACGCUGCUGUGGCAAAUAAAACGCUUACUUAAAUAUCAUCUGGCCUUCUCCGUGCUCGGCAUAGUGCCAUUCAUGGUGGCCACCUGGGUAAUACGGGAUUAUAGCGGCUACUUUUGGCAGGGCCUGUGGUAUAUAUGCAGCAUACGCGUACGCACGCUGCAAUUGCUCGUUUAUUUGCGCAUAUUACGGCAUUACUUGCGUGACUUUUGUUUGCAGUUGCAACAGCUGGUGGCCUACCGCCGGACACCGCAACACCGCUUGUUGGACUUUGAUUAUGGGCGGCUUGACACGUUGCAUCAACUGCUGGCGCUCAAAGAGACUUAUAUGCUGCUCUAUGAGACCUUCGAGUUGCUGAAGGACUUUGCUGGUUGGUCGCUCUUCGGCAUUGUCAUUACGUCUCUAUUGGAUUUGAGCUCGAACUUCUACUGGCUCCUACAAAGCUUCGAUAAUUUUUUGGGCCGUCGUUAUUACUACUUGGCUGAUCUCUGGUGGUUUCUUCCCGUCGCGGCAUUGAUUUGCGAAUUGUGUUAUCUGUGCGAUAAUUGCAGACAUCUGGAUGGCAUUGUGUCGCUUUUACUAAGCCAGCUGAUUCGCUUGAAUUCAGCAAGCGCGAGGCGGCAAUAUCAAUUGGUUUUGCAGCAAUUCGCCAUGCAGUUGCAGCUGCAGCGCAUUGAGAUUACGGCACGUGCAUUCUUCACUCUGGACUUUCGCUUCAUGAUGUCGUUUUGCGCGGCCAUGGCUAUGCAUUUGGUAAUACUAAAACAAUUUUAAAGAAAUUGUUAGAAAAUAAAACAUUAUUAUUUCUUAAAGAGAAA